ACCACCCAGAGCCUUAUAAAAGGUCCCGACGGGUCGCCGGUCCUCCAGCCUGCUCGCAGCCUCGCCCCGAGCCCGCAGCCCCUGUCCAGCCCCUGUCCAGCCCCAGCCCAGCCCGGCCCGACCAUGGCCAGCGAGUUCAAGAAGAAGCUCUUCUGGCGCGCGGUGGUAGCCGAGUUCCUGGCCAUGACCCUGUUCGUGUUCAUCAGCAUCGGUUCUGCGCUGGGCUUCCAGUACCCCCUGGCCAAGAACCGGACGAGCAGCGCCGUCCAGGACAACGUCAAGGUGUCCCUGGCCUUCGGGCUGAGCAUCGCCACCAUGGCCCAGAGCGUGGGCCACAUCAGCGGGGCGCACCUGAAUCCGGCCGUGACCCUGGGCCUGCUGCUCAGCUGCCAGAUCAGCGUCCUGCGAGCCGUCCUCUACAUGGUGGCGCAGUGCGUCGGGGCCAUCGUGGCCACCGCCAUCCUCUCGGGCAUCACCUCGGCGCUCCCCGAGAACACCCUCGGACGCAACGGGCUGGCGGAUGGAAUUAACUCCGGGCAAGGCCUGGGCAUCGAGAUUAUCGGCACGCUGCAACUUGUGCUGUGCGUCCUGGCCACCACGGACCGGCGCAGGAAUGACGUGGGCGGCUCCGCCCCGCUGGCCAUUGGGCUGUCCGUGGCACUGGGCCACCUCCUAGCGAUCGACUACACCGGCUGCGGCAUCAACCCUGCCAGGUCCUUCGGCUCGGCUGUGAUCACCAACAACUUCACUGACCACUGGAUCUUCUGGGUCGGCCCUUUCCUCGGGGGCGCCCUAGCUGCGCUCAUCUACGAUUUCGUCCUGGCCCCGCGCAGCUGCGACCUCACCGACCGCGUCAAGGUGUGGGCCAGCGGCCAGAUGCAGGAGUACGACCUGGACGCCGAGGAGAUGAGCUCCAGGGUGGAGAUGAAGCCCAAGUAGAAGGGAGCGGGGCCCGGCGGCGGGA